CUCCCUCCUUCCCUUCCCCCAACCCCGGACCCGCUCCCUGCCCCCUCCACUUCAACCCCGGCUCCCUAGCCGGCGCCCCGGCGCGAUGGAGGUGCCGCCAGCAUGCUCGACCCUCAGUCCGGCCCGCGUGCACGAGGGCGCCCCGCGCCCGGGCCACCUCCCGGGCCUGCGGCUGGGUUCUCCGGAGCGCGCGGUCGCUUCCUCGCCGGUCACCACCCUCACCAAGACCAUGCACGACCUGGCCGGGCUCGGCAGUGAGACCCCAAGGAGCCCUGCAGGGAGCCUGCUCUUACGCAGCAGCCGCCUGGCACGCCUGUCCAUGUCCCGCCGGACGUCAGAGUGCUCUUCCGACUCUUCGGAAUCUUCUGACGCAGGUCUCUGCAUGGACUCACCCAGCCCUGUGGACCCCCAGGUGGCAGAGCAGAAGUUUGAACAGGUCAUCCAGGCAGCCAGCCGGGUCAUCCGGAGCGAGCAGUUUGCCAUCAGACGCUUCCAGUCCUUGCCCGUGAGGCUGCUGGGCCACAGCCCCGUGCUACGCAAUGUCACCAACUCGCAAACGCUGCAUGGCUGGAGGAAAGGCGAGGCAGGUGGCUGCUGCGCGGCCAGCAGCUUGGAGGAGGACAAAGAGAAUGAAGGGGUUGUCUUCAAGAUGCCGUGGAAGCCCACACAUCCCAGCCCCAUACGGACCCUUGCGGAAUGGGCCAGCCGACGAGAAGCCUUUACCCAGAGGCCGAGUUCGGCCCCCAAUCUGAUGCAGCAUCUCAGCCCGGAGCAGAAGAUGGAAAUGGAAGAGCUGAGUCCUCUGGCCCAGGCCUCCUUGACUCCCGUCCAAGGGACUGCUGAGGAAGAUGAUGGAUUUGUGGACAUCCUGGAGAGUGACUUAAAGGAUGACAGUGCAGUGCCCCCAGGCAUGGAGAGUCUCAUUAGCGCCCCACUGGUCAAGAUUGUGGACAAGCAAGAGGAGCAGGACCUCGUCAUGUUCAGCAAGUGCCAGCGGCUCUUCCGCUCUCCGUCCAUGCCCUGCAGUGUCAUCCGGCCCAUCCUUAAGAGGAUGGAGCGGCCGCAGGACAGGGACGUGCCGGUUCAGAGCAAGCGGCGUCGAAGUGGCACCCCACCUAAGGAGGAGCCGUGGGAACCCCAGCAGCCCAAAGCCCGCGUCCUCCGCUCCAAGUCCCUGUGUCACGAUGAGAUUGAGAGUAUCCUGGACAAUGACCACCGGGGGCUCAUUGGAGAUUACUCCAAGGCUUUCCUCCUGCAGACUGUGGAUGGAAAACACCAAGAUCUCAAGUACAUCUCCCCAGAAACGAUGGUGGCCCUGUUGAUGGGAAAAUUCAGCAACAUCGUGGAGAAGUUUGUGAUUGUAGACUGCAGGUACCCUUAUGAAUAUGAAGGCGGGCAUAUCAAGUCGGCCGUGAACUUGCCCCUGGAACGGGAUGCCGAGACCUUCCUGCUGCAGAGCCCCAUGGUGCCCUGUAGCCUGGACAAGAGAAUCAUCCUCAUCUUCCACUGUGAAUUCUCCUCUGAGCGAGGCCCUCGCAUGUGCCGCUUCAUCAGGGAGCGAGAUCGUGCUGCCAACGACUACCCCAACCUCUUCUACCCUGAGAUGUACAUCCUAAAAGGCGGCUACAAGGAGUUUUUCCCACAACACCCGAACUUCUGUGAGCCCCAGGACUACCGACCCAUGCACCACGAGGCCUUCAAGGAUGAGCUGAGGGCCUUCCGCCUCAAGACGCGCAGCUGGGCCGGGGAACGCAGCCGUCGGGAGCUAUGUAGCCGGUUGCAGGAGCAGUGAACCCUUCGCCCACCUCGGGCCUGCCCCUUCCUUGCCUGGCAGGGCCUGGCCACUAGCUGCCCGGGACCCUGCAGGGCUGAGGGCCUACCAGAGGCCCCAGGUGCUAUGGGGGGAGGUCCUGUCUGUCUGUCCUGCCCCCUCUGUCUCUCCAUAUGCCCUCAUUAUACUGGCGUUAUGUCUCCUGGCACCCCCACCGCUCUCUUUGCAGAACCCAGCCUGUUGGGUCAGUUAAGUUGGGGGAGUGCCAGCUUGAAGGAAGUGUUUUGGGCCCAGCAGGAGCAUAUUUCCUGUCCUCUUUCUUGUUUUGGUUGAAGUGUAUCUUUCUGUCCAGUAGUCCUUUUGUGUGUGCCCCAACUGAGGCUGGGUGCAGCCAGGAGCUGAGCUCCCCACCCAGUGUGCACAGGGCCUGGGCUGGCCCUGCCGUCUCCAGGAAGCGUGCGCGUGGCUGCCAUCUGGCCCCUGUCUCCGUUCCUUUUCCCCAUCCCUCAGUGCAGGAGUGUGUGACUUGCUUCUGUGUCAGUGUCCGCUGUGUGCUUGGUUUGCCUGUGGGACUUUGGCCCAUCUCAGGACCUGUUGGCCGGCUGCUUGGGCUCCCCGUGUCCAGCUGGGGUUAGAAAUACACCUGGACCCCAGCUUGUGCGGCUCCAGCAAGGGUUGUGAGCAUCCUGGGUCCUGACCCACAAGCCCACCCCCACUGCCGUGAGCCUUGGGGCUCAAGUGGUCAGGACUUGCUGCUGUCCCAUCACAGGUGGAAGGACAGAUGGAAGGAUGGAUGGAUGGAUGGGUGAGUGGUCGUGACCGUAUACCCACUGGCCAGAGGCAUUUUGUGACAAGACCAUAUGUGUUAUCUGUGUGAACAAAAAUCUUGAUACUUAGGGGGUGGGAAUAUGUGAGAAGAAAUGUUAUCGAAGCAGCUAAAGCAGUCCGCUCUGGACUCUGAAUCUCAAAGACAUGGGAAGGGCUGCACUUGGAGGCCCCGUGAGCCAUCUGUAGGGCCUUGGUUCAAUAAAGCACUGUGCAAGUGGA